GGCGGGAGAAAAACUCGAAGUGAUGAAGAUCUGUUGCUGUGGCGUGCUUCUGGCCGUUCCUCUGCCUUAAAUCUGUCGAAAGGAUGGCUUCAAGUGGCGCUUCUGCAGCGUCGAGCGCUCCCACUCGAGGCCAGAGGGCGCCGACAUUCAGAACGACGUUCGACUCGCCUUGGAGGAUACAGUGGUACUGACACAACACAAAACAGAAACAAGAACAAGGAGGCGAUGGGCGGGUGUCUGUGCCAUGCCAUCCAGGUCUGUGUUGGAUGCCAAGAAGACCGAGCAGAUCUCCAGGGCCCUGCAGAGGUCAGGCAGGCACGAUCAUGGUCCCUGACCAUGCACUCAUCUCAUGUAGACAAUUGUAUGCAUUCUCUCGUCAGUACCGUGCGUGAUGUCAAGCAGCGCGACAAGUCUGCCAAGAGUGUUUUCCUGGUGGGCAUCAACCAUGUCACACGGGCGCUCGAGAGAGGAGCCUGCGCCGCUGUGAUUGUCGGGCGAGACAGCGAGUGAGCAGACACACAAGGGGAGGGCGUGAUGGGUCGGCGGGGAUGACGUGUCGGAUGGGUGCAUUGUGGGUGGGUGCGUCAGGUACACGGCGCUGGUGCAGCAUCUGCCCGUGCAGGCAGCUCUGGCGGACGUGCCGUGUGUCAUCCUGCCAAAGAGGUCAGCCAGAUCCAACACACACGCUCACACGUUCACACGCUCACCGCGUGUUUGCCUGCCUGCCUGCAGCCUCCCUCUUCGCGAGGCUUUCCUGCUCCCCCGUGUGCUCGCAGUCGGCCUACGAUCCCCCUCACACAACGAAGCGGCCGCCCCAUCCCCAUCCCCAUCCCCACCUCAGCCCCACCCUCCCUCAGUGCAGCAGCUGCUGAGGACCAUCCAGCAGCUGGCCCAGCCGCUGCAGACGCCUUUCCUGCCCCCCUCUCAGGCAUCGGCAUCGGCCAGCAAGGCGGUCCUGCACCAGAUCCAGUUGAGUCAGCAGGUGACGUCGGCCUAUCUGCCGAAUGUCAAGGCGCACCGGCGCGACGAACGGCGAAGGAUGCGGCGGAAGAGAAGAAGGGAGGAGAGGGAGCGGGGAGCUGGGGGUGAGGGGUCGGGCGCUGCUGUUGAUAGUAUGAGGUUGUGAGUUCCAGCGGUGGGAUGAGUGUGUCGGUCUGUCCAUAUGUGAGAGCUCGUCCAUCCAUCCAUCCACCAGUGCAGUCUGCCUAUGUAGUUUUGUUCUGUCCUUCAUUGAUCCUGCGCACACGCACCGCCCUCGUUGCAGGUCGGUGGCCGCCGACGUGCUAACGAAUCCGGGCGAGUCUGUGAAGGAGCCGAGCGAGUCUGUCCUCCACAGACUCGCCUUGAUUCGUGAGCACGUCAGCGGCCACGCACUUGGCGUCUGCAAAAAGAAUGCACGCGUGAGUGAUAGUGGUGGUGUCAAGGUCAAUCCUGAUUACCCGCCAGAUUGUCUGCGUUCACACAUUCGAACAGAUACACUCAUGGCUUUAUGUGUGUGUGUGCCAUUCAUUGUGUGGGCGGUCGGUGCUCUUGAUGGUGGCAUGAUGAUAAGCAGGCGGCGGCCUCGACCCACUUUAGCGUGGAUGACUAUGUGGUCCAUUCAGUCACGCACGCAUGUCAACAUGACAUGUGGCAAAUAC